AUGCACGUCUCACUAGCUGAGGCCCUGGAAGUUCGGGGUGGACCACUGCAGGAAGAAGAAAUAUGGGCUGUAUUAAAUCAAAGUGCUGAAAGUCUCCAAGAAUUGUUCAGAAAAGUAAGCAUAGCUGAUCCUGCUGCCCUUGGCUUCAUCAUCUCUCCAUGGUCUCUGCUGCUGCUACCAUCAGGCAGUGUGUCCUUCACUGAUGAAAACAUUUCCAAUCAGGAUCUUCGAGCCUUCACUGCACCCGAGGUUCUUCAGAAUCAAUCACUGACUUCUCUUGCAGAUGUCGAGAAGAUCCAUAUUUAUUCUCUUGGAAUGACAUUAUAUUGGGGCGCUGACCAUGAAGUACCUCAGAGCCAACCUAUCAAGCUUGGAGAUCAUCUCAACAGUAUACUUCUUGGAAUGUGUGAGGAUGUAAUUUAUGCUCGAGUUUCUGUUCGAACAGUCCUGGAUGCUUGCAGUGCUCACGUUAGGAAUAGCAACUGUGCACCUUCGUUUUCCUAUGUGAAACAGUUGGUAAAACUUGUUCUGGGAAAUCUCUCUGGGGUGGACCAACCUUCCCAUAACACUGAACAGAAGCCUGAUCGAAGUCAGGCUAUUCGAGACCGAUUGAGAGGGAAAGGAUUGCCAACAGGAAGAAGCUCCACUUCUGAUGUAUUAGACAUACAAAAGUCUCCAUUCUCUCAACAGACUUUUCUUAACAAAGGGCUUAGUAAAUCUAUGGGAUUUCUGUCCUUCAGAGACACACAUGAGGAAGAUUAUUUCAAGGACAUUUUAUCAGAUAAUUCAGGACAUGAAGAUUCUGAAAAUAAUUGCUCCCCUUACCAGUUCAAAACUAAUAGCCCAGAAAAGAAAGUUUACCCUGACAUUGAUGUGCUUCCUAAAAAGAAGAUUUGGGCUUCAUCCAUGGACUUGUUGUGCUCAGCUGAUAAAGAAGUCUCUUUUGGAGAGACUCAUAGAUUCAGACACCGUCUCCCUGAGGCAGUAACCAUGAGAACUGCAGUUUCUCCCAGAAGAGAGGCAAGAUACUCGAAUGGAAGCAUAGCCUUGGAUCUCCUUGGCCCUCAGAAAACAGAGUCGGUGCUUCACUCACGAGAAUUGCCCACUUCCUCAGCAAUAUCAACUGCUUUGGAUCGAAUCCGUGAGAGGCAAAAGAAACUUCAGGUUCUGAGAGAAGCCAUGAAUGUAGAAGAACCAAUCCGAAGAUAUAAAACUUACCACAGUGAUAUUUUUAGUACUGCCAGUGAAAGUCCAUCUGUUAUUUCCUCUGAAUCCGACUUCAGACAAGUGAGAAAAAGUGAAGCUUCAAAGAGAUUUGAACCCAGUACUGGUAUCUCAGGAAUAGAUGAAACUUCAAGUCAAGGCCAGUCCCAGAGACCAAGCAGACAAUAUGAAACAUCCCUUGAAGGCAAUUUAAUUAAUCAAGAGAUUAUGCUAAAACGACAAGAAGAAGAAAUGAUGCAGCUGCAAGCUAGAAUCGCCCUUCGACAGUCUCGAUUGAGCCUCUAUCCAGGAGACACAAUCAAAGCUUCCAUGCUUGACAUUACCAGGGAUCCUUUAAGAGAAAUGGCACUAGAAACAGCCAUGACCCAAAGAAAACUAAGGAAUUUCUUUGGCCCUGAAUUUGUGAAAAUGUCCGUUGAACCAUUUAUAUCUUUGGAUUUGCCACGAUCAAUCCUUACCAAGAAAGGGAAGAAUGAAGAUAUCCGAAGAAAAGUAAACAUAAUGCUUUUGAGUGGGCAGAGAUUGGAACUAACCUGUGAUACUAAAACCAUAUGUAAAGAUGUAUUUGAUAUGGUUGUGGCCCAUAUUGGCUUAGUGGAACACCAUUUGUUUGCUUUGGCUACCCUCAAAGAUAAUGAGUAUUUCUUUGUUGAACCCGACUUAAAAUUAACCAAAGUGGCUCCAGAGGGAUGGAAAGAAGAACCAAAGAAAAAAAGCAAAACCACUAUUCAUUUUACUUUGUUUUUUCGCAUUAAGUUUUUUAUGGAUGAUAUUAGUUUAAUACAACAUACUCUGACCUGUCAUCAGUACUACCUUCAGUUGCGAAAAGAUAUCUUGGAGGAACAGGUUCAUUGUGAUGAUGAAACUUCUUUAUUGCUGGCCUCCUUGGCUCUCCAGGCUGAAUAUGGAGAUUAUCAACCAGAGGUUCAUGGUGUGUCUUAUUUUAGACUGGAGCAUUAUUUACCUCCCAGAGUGAUGGAGAAACUUGAUUUAUCCUAUAUUAAAGAAGAAUUGCCUAAAUUGCAUAAUACUUAUGUGGGAGCUUCUGAAAAAGAGGCAGAAUUGGAAUUUUUAAAGGUCUGCCAAAGACUGACAGAGUAUGGAGUUCAUUUUCACCGAGUGCACCCUGAGAAAAAAUCACAAACUGGAAUAUUGCUUGGCGUCUAUUCGAAAGGUGUCCUAGUGUUUGAGGUUCACAACGGAGUUCGGACACUGGUCCUCCGCUUUCCGUGGAGGGAAACCAAGAAAAUUUCUUUUUCUAAAAAGAAAAUAACCUUGCAGAAUACAUCAGAUGGAAUAAAACAUGCUUUCCAGACAGACAACAGUAAGGUAUGUCAGUACCUGCUCCACCUCUGCUCUUCCCAACACAAGUUCCAGCUGCAGAUGAGAGCUAGACAGAGCAACCAAGAUGCUCAGGACAUUGAGAGAGCUUCGUUUAGGAGCCUGAAUCUGCAAGCAGAGUCUGUUAGAGGAUUUAAUAUGGGACGAGCGAUCAGCACUGGCAGUCUGGCCAGCAGCACCCUGAACAAACUGGCUGUCCGACCUCUGUCAGUCCAAGCUGAGAUUCUGAAGAGGCUAUCCUGCUCAGAGUUGUCGCUUUACCAGCCAUUGCAAAACAGUGCAAAGGAGAAGAGUGACAAAGCUUCAUGGGAGGAAAAGCCUAGAGGGAUGAGUAAAUCAUACCACGAUCUCAGUCAGGCCUCUCUCUAUCCUCAUCGGAAAAAUAUUAUGGUUAACAUGGAAUCCCCACCACAAACCAUUGCGGAGUUGGUAGGAAAACCAUUUCACCAGAAGGCAAGAUCUGAUACAGAAUCUUUGGCAGAAGUCACAAAACUUAAUAAUUCAAAGUCUGUUGCAAGUUUAAAUAGAAGUCCUGAAAGAAGGAAACAUGAAUCAGACACCUCAUCUUUUGAAGACCCUGGUCAAGCCCAUGUUAUAGGAAUGCCUUUGCAUAGUUCUGGAAAUUCUUCAUUCCAAGUACCCUUAAAAGAAAAUGAUGUGCUAAACAAAAGAUGGAGCAUAGUCUCUUCACCAGAAAGGGAAAUCACAUUGGUGAACCUGAAGAAAGAUGCCAAGUAUGGCUUAGGAUUUCAAAUUAUUGGUGGAGAGAAGAUGGGAAGACUGGAUCUAGGUGUAUUUAUUAGCUCAAUUAUCCCAGGAGGACCAGCUGACUUGGAUGGACACUUAAAGCCAGGGGACCGUUUGAUAUCUGUGGAUAAUGUGAGCCUGGAGGGGGUCAGUCACCAUGCUGCCAUUGAAAUUUUGCAAAGCGCGCCUGACGAUGUGACCCUUGUUAUUUCUCAGCCAAAAGAAAAGAUAUCCAAAGUGCCUUCUACUUCUAUGCACAUUACCAACGGCAUGAAAAACUACAUGAAGAAAGCUUCCUGUAUGCAGGAUGGUGCUAUUGAUUCUUCUGAGAGUCAUCGCUGGCCAUGCAGCACCCCAAGGCAUAUAUCAGAAAACUCCUGUGGCCUCGCUGGAGGCCUUCGGGAAGGAAGCUUGAGUUCUCAAGAUUCUCGAACUGAAAGUGCCAGCCUGUCCCAGAGUCACUUCAAUGGUUUCUUUGCCAGCUUUGUUGGUGACCGAAGCUGGCAGGAAUCAAAGCAUAGCAGCCCUUCCUCAACCAUGAUAACCAAAGCCACUGAGAAAAAGAGGACUUCUCUUGGGAGUAACCAAAGCCAUGUUAAAAUACCUGGUGUUUCUGAUGUGACCGGUUAUUCUGACCGUGGAGAUUCAGACAUGGAUGAAGCUACUUAUUCCAACAGUUUGGAUCAUCAAACGCCAAAAAAGGAAUCUUCUUCCUCAAUGAAUACAUCCAACAAAAUGAAUUUUAAAACUUUUCCUUCAUCACCUCCUAAACCUGGAGAUAUCUUUGAGGUUGAGCUGGCUAAAAAUGAUAACAGCUUGGGAAUAAGUGUCACGGUACUGUUUGACAAGGGAGGUGUGAAUACCAAUGUCAGGCAUGGUGGCAUUUAUGUGAAAGCCGUUAUACCCAAGGGAGCAGCAGAAUCUGAUGGGAGAAUUCACAAAGGUGAUCGUGUCUUGGCUGUAAAUGGAGUUAGUCUGGAAGGAGCUACACAUAAGCAAGCUGUGGAAACACUGAGAAAUACGGGACAGGUGGUUCAUCUGUUGUUAGAAAAGGGACAGUCUUUAUCAUCCAAAGACCAUGUCCCUGUCAGCCCACAGUGCAUGCUUUCAGAUCAGGACACCCAAGGCAACACUCCAGAAAAAAUGGUGAAAAAAAUGACUCCUGUCAAAGACUACAGUUUUGUCACUGAAGAAAAUACAUUUGAGGUGAAGUUAUAUAAAAAUAGCUCAGGACUUGGAUUCAGUUUUUCUCGAGAAGAUAAUCUUAUACCCAAGGAAAUGAAUACCAGCAUAGUACGAGUUAAAAAGCUCUUUCCUGGACAGCCAGCAGCAGAAAGCAAAAGAAUUUAUGUAGGAGAUGUUAUCUUGAAAGUGAAUGGAGCCUCUUUGAAAGGAUUGUCCCAACAGGAAGUUAUAUCUGCUCUCAGAGGAACAUCUCCAGAAGUAUCUUUGCUUCUCUGUAGACCUCCACCUGGUGUGCUUCCUGAAAUUGACAACACUUUUUUGACCCCUUUACACUCUCCAGCACAAGUAUUUCUAAACAACAGUAAAGAGCCUUCUCAGUCAGUGAAUGUGGAACAAGGCACUAGCUCAGAUGAAAAUGAAAUAUCUGACAAAAGCCAGAAACAAUGUGCAUCUCCAUCCAGACGAGCCAGUGAUAGUGACAGUACUGGGAGUGGCAAAGAAGGCCCUGUGAACUCUCUAGAAGCGACACCAAAUACAAAUUGGAGUUCAGCUUCACCUAAAACUUCAGGCAGUGUGCUCUCCCCAGGGCAUAAUGAACUUGAAGCAUCCAAGAAUCAAGAAGAUACUAUUUGUACCAUGUUUUACAGUCCACAAAAAACACCCAAUAAAACUGAAUUUGAGAACAGCAAUACCCUUCCUUCCACUCCACAAUGGAAUGUGACUCCUGGGCAAAGCAGUCAGACCAGUGCAGAAUCUGAUACCUGUCACUCAGUGGCUAAAUAUCAGACCCAUCAGACUUCAGAACUAAGUAGACAAGAAAGCUUGAAAUUUUCUAAAACUGACUUGGAAAACCCCCUUGAAGACGAGCUGGAGGUAGAACUCUUCAUUACCCUAAAUAAAUCAGAGAAAGGAAGCCUGGGUUUUACAGUAACCAAAGGCAAUCAGAGUUUUGGUUGUUAUGUUCAUGAUGUCAUUCAAGAUCCAGCCAAAAGUGAUGGAAGGCUAAAAUCUGGGGACAGACUUAUAAAGGUUAAUGAUACAGAUGUGACAAACAUGACUCACACUGAUGCAGUGAAUCUGCUCAGAACUGCACCCAAAACAGUGAGAUUAGUUCUUGGGCGAGUUCUAGAAUUGCCUGAGCUGACUGUGCUGCCUCAUUUACUACCCGACAUUAGAAUAAUGGGCAAGAACGAGGAGUUGGGUUUUUCCUUGUCUGGAGGUCAUGAUAGCCUUCAAAAAGUGAUUUAUGUGAGUGAUAUCAACCCAUGUUCAGUUGCAGCCUUGGAGGGUAAUCUCCAGCUAUUAGACAUUAUCCACUAUGUGAAUGGAGUGAGCACACAGGGAAUGACAUUGGAAGAAGCUAAAAGAGCUUUAGACAUGGCUCUUCCUUCAGUGGUGUUGAAAGCUACAAGGGAUGGUCAUCCAGUGGUUCCCAGUUCUAAGAGGCCUGCUGAUUCAACUUCACAAUCAUCCACAGCCAAUGUUUAUCAGGCUGUGGAUCCUUGUGAUAAGCUCACCCUCACUCCAAGCAAUUUGUUCUCCAAGAUAAAUGAGGAAGAAAUAAGUGAAGAUCUGUCUCCUGAAGAGAAAAGUUCUUCUCAGAUGAUAGAAUCAGCAAACUUGGUUUUGUCCAAAGAACCUGAUAUACAAGAUGAUGACAUUUAUGAUGAUCCCCAAGAAGCUGAAGUUAUUCAGUCUCUACUAGAUGUUGUGGAUGAGGAAGCUCAGAAUCUCUUAAAUCAAAAUCAAAAUAAUCCAACAGGAGGGACCAAUGAUGCAGGUGCAUUGAGGACCAGCAGGAAAUUAUCUGAAGAGAAAGCAGAAGAUACUGACUCUGAUGGCUUGCAUAUACCUGAAGAUAUUACACAGCCUACCAAAAUGAAUGGCUGUGAAGAAUAUUGUGAAGAAAAACUACAAACUAAAAGAUUAAUUCAGAAGUCAGAAGAAAAGAAAAUUAAUGGAGAUGAAAUAUCUUGGAGCAAUGAACUGUCAAUAACUACAGCAAACCACCAAGAUUCUGAUAAAGAUUCUCCCUUUCUGACCGUGGAGGAACUUGCUGCACUACCUAUAGUCAAAAUAUUCCCUUCUGGUAAAUAUACUGGAACCCAAUUGAAAUUAGCCAUUCGAACGCUGCGGGGUUUACUAGAUCAAGGAAUCCCUUCUAAAGAGCUGGAGAACCUUCAAGAAUUAAAACCUUUGGAUCAGUGUCUAAUUGGACAAACUAAGGAAAAUAGAAGGAAGAACAGAUAUAAAAAUAUACUGCCCUAUGAUGCUACAAGAGUUCCUCUUGGAGAUGAAGGUGGCUAUAUCAAUGCCAGCUUCAUCAAGAUACCAGUAGGGAAAGAAGAGUUCGUUUAUAUUGCCUGCCAAGGACCUCUUCCUACAACUGUUGGAGAUUUCUGGCAAAUGAUUUGGGAACAAAAAUCCACAGUGAUAGCCAUGAUGACCCAAGAAGUAGAAGGAGAAAAAGUAAAAUGCCAGCGCUAUUGGCCUGACAUCUUAGGAAAAACCACCAUGGUCAAUGACAGACUUCGGUUGGCUCUUGUGCGAGUACAGCAAUUAAAGGGCUUUGUAGUGAGAGCCAUGACCCUGGAAGAUAUUCAGACAGCAGAGGUGCGGCAUAUUUCUCAUCUGAAUUUCACUGCAUGGCCAGACCACGACACUCCCUCUCAGCCUGAUGACUUGCUCACUUUCAUCUCUUACAUGAGGCAUGUCCACAGAACAGGCCCCAUCAUUACACACUGCAGUGCUGGCAUUGGCCGCUCUGGGACCCUCAUCUGCAUCGAUGUGGUCCUAGGCCUGAUCAGUCAAGAUCUUGAAUUUGACUUCUCAGAUUUAGUUCGCUGCAUGAGACUCCAGAGACAUGGAAUGGUUCAAACAGAGGACCAGUAUAUAUUCUGCUAUCAAGUUAUCCUUUAUGUCCUAACACGUCUUCAGUCUGAAGAAGAGCAAAAGGAGCAACCCAUGCCUCUGAAAUGAUGUAAAGCAAAUGGCCUCUGGAGCCUGUCCCCUUCUCACCUCCAGCAAACGCCCCUGCUUUCUCUUUAGGAGAAAACAUGGCAGCAUUGCGUAGACCAGCACGAUUCUCCUCUACCUCAGAGGGGCACUCUUCAUAGCAUAAAGAACGUUGGAAGGCUGAACCUUUACAGCUAUUUUUAAUCAAUGAUCAUUUUUUAAUUAACACUAAGUAAUGUGUAUAAUAGGAAUGAUUAGGCCGCAUUUGAUUGUUGUGAACAUUAUUCUAAAGACACACCAAGUAUUUUUUCAAUGUACCAAUCUCGUUUGUAGCAAAAAUUCUUUUCCAGUAUUUUAAUAGAGCUAUUUUAUAGGAUAUACUUGAAACCAGUAUUGAAGUUUUAAAUGACGGUAAUGCUGGCAUAGACAAAAAAAAAGUAGCAGUUGUUUACUGGAUCAAGUUCUAAUGUUUACUAUAUAGAAGUUUCUGUAAUAUAUUUAUAUACUUUUUCAUGAAAACGGAGCUAUCAGAUAUGUUUGUAACCACAUCCUCUCUUUGUUAAUGUAUCAUAUCACUUUGUAAAUAAAAA